AUGACGUUCUCCUUGUUCCCUCUGCUACCCUCUUCGACCCUUCGUAUCACCUCUCUAUGCCAGCAUGACGACAAGCUCUACGUAGGUUGUGCGAAUGGUACCAUCCGUACGUACACCCUCGACGCCGUCACAUCAGAUGGAGAAGCAGGACCCAGUGUCCCUCGACUUCAACUUUUGACCACUCAUCAAUUAUCAAAACGAUCCAUUGACCAGCUGGGUGUUCUCCCAUAUGGUCAACAGCUUGCCGUACUGUCAGAAUCCGUGAUCACUCUUUACUCUCUACCAAAUCUAGAGAAAGGUUCUUCCUCCGUCUUGGCUCAAGCGAGAUCGGCACAUUGCUUCUCCAUCACCUCGUAUGCUUCUAUCAACAAAACCAAAAGUCUAAAAAGUGUACGUAGUGAGGAUGUUGGAAAAGAAGAUAAGAGCGUCGGGGAUGUUUUGAUCGUGGGAUGUAGGAAGAAGGUGGUGGUUUAUGGAUUUGGACGAGGGUACAAGGAAGGUUGGGAACUUGCUCUCCCACAUUCACCUCGACAAAUCGUCAUCCCUUUCUCGAACCCAUCAUUUCCUCCAGGAACGGUUCACCUCUUGUAUUCCCCUCAAAACUCAGUUCUGCUUCAUAUCAACAUCUCGUCCACACCCCAUCUUACCACUACAGAUCUCACCACCUCUCCUGUCCCCCCAGCUACUACAUCUGCCGACUCCACCCAAACGGGCUCUACUUAUCUUUCUACGGGUGAAGGUACUGGUUUGGGACUCGGAGGGAUGAGCUCUUUGACUGGUCUAGGUGGAUAUGUGGGAUUGGGAAGUAAGGCUGCUAUCCCUCUUGGGACACGAACGGCCGAGGGCGAGGCGUUACUGGCCCGAGAUGAAUUAGGUGUAUUCUACUCUUCCGAAGGAAACUACACUAGGGGAGAAUCUUUACGCUUUCCAUCCAUGCCUGAUCUUCUGGAGUUCUCAAAUCCCUACAUAUACUCCGUGGUGACAUCGCCGACCACGGCCGGACCACCAAGUACAGCGUUACAAGUCCAUCUCGGCCCCACACUCUCCCUCCGACAUACGGUACCCAUACCUGCCCCAACCACUGGAUCGAUGUCGGUAUCCUCCUCAACUCUGAUCACACCAACUGGACGAAGUCCAGCUGAGAGCUUAGCUUCGGGGACGAAAUUGUGCUUUGUGUCUACCCCCACUGAUAAGACACUUGCCCAAUCAGAAGGAAGUAGCGUGUGGGCUUUACAGGCUGGUGAUUUGGGGGAAGAUGUGGAUGAUCUGGUGAGGGAAGGAAAGAUAGGGGAUGCUAUUGGUUUGGUCGACGCCGUCGGAGAGGAUAAUAUGACUCCUUCCCGUAGACUUCCCCAUCUCAAGACUCUCCAAGCAGUCCAACAAUUCGCCAAAGGCGAUUUUCAAACAGCCAUGGAUACUUUCCUCAUAUUUGACGUCAACCCAGCUCUUGUUGUUUCGCUCUUUCCCGCUGAGACCAUCUCUGGUCGGUCUCACGUAUCUAGAGAAGCAUGGAUGGAACUUUUCGGGGCUGUCUCAGGUGCUCGAUUGGACCCAGAGUCUUCCGCGAGUGAUAAUCCGACAAAGGGACUGUUGAAGAGUAUGACGCAUCUGUCAAUAGGGAAAAAGAAUAGUUUUGAUUCGAUAAAAGCCGCAGAUAAUCUCACCGCGACGAGUGCGGAGCCAGCAAAGGUUGAUGACACUACGACACCUCGUGCAGCACUCGAAGCACUAAUGUAUUACCUCUCCGAUCGCCGACAAAAGCUGACAGGAGCGAUCAACCUUUUGACAUCCCCCUUACCUCCAGAAUCUUCUUUACCGCCAUUAUCGUCUCUUUCGGCCGAUGAAUUACACGCACUGCCUUCGAUACCUAUGCCCGAAAUGGAGCCCGAGCAAUUGUUACGCGUGGCGCAGGUGAUUUACACUGCGUUGUUAAAAGUGUACUUGGUAGCAAGACCGAUCUUGGUAGGAAGUUUGUGUAGGAUUGAAAAUUGGUGUGAUGUGGUUGAAGUUGAGGAGUUGUUGAAGCAGCAGAAGAAAUUUGGAGAUCUCAUCGAUUUGUAUCAAGGCAAGAAAAUGCAUUCCAAAGCUCUGACCCUACUACAUGAACUUGCCAAAGAAGAGGAAGAUCGUUUGGAUAGAUAUCCUCCGACAGUACGAUAUCUUCAUAAGCUCGGAUCAGAGGGCUUAGACUUGAUAUUCGAACAUAGUAAAUGGGUCAUCAAUGAGAAUACUUAUGAAGGAUUACAAAUCUUCAUAGCUGAAGAACCUGAAGUAGAAUCUCUUCCCAGAAAACAAGUCGUGGAGUUUCUAGAGACCACUUCGAAAGAAGCUUGUAUAGGUUAUCUGGAACAUCUCAUACAUACUUUACAAGAACAAGGUGCGGAGUAUCAUGACAAACUUGCCGAAUUGUAUUUAGAACGUGUCAAAUCGAGUAAAGAUGAUGAGAUAAAAGAGAAAUUAUUGGAUUUCUUGAUUGGUUCCAAUCAAUAUAGAGCUUAUAGACUACUUAAUCGAUUAGGAUCAGACGAAAUGCCAGAAGCGAGGGCCAUCUUACUUGGUCGAAUGGGUAGACAUGAGGAUGCUUUGAAGAUAUAUUUGUAUGAUUUGAAUGAUUACUCCGCCGCAGAUUUAUACUGUUCCCGAGUCUAUUCCAAAUUCCCCGAUCCAUCCGGAAUAUACCUCACUCUUCUUCAUCUAUACCUCCGUCCUUCCCCACCCAAUCCCAUCCUCAUAUCCCCAGCUUUAACCCUCAUAGCCAAACACGGUACCCGAUUGGAGCCUCAAGCAGUAUUAGACCUCCUUCCUCCUUUACUUACCAUGCAACAAAUUAGCGAGUUCCUAAUCAAAACUCUGAGAGGCGGACAUGCGGCGAAAGAAGAACAUCGAGUGGUGAAACAAUUAGUAGGUGCUAGGAAAGAAGAAGUUGAAAGGAAUUUGAUGAAUUUACAAGUUCGUCAUGUGAGGAUCAAUGAUCAAAGAAUAUGUCCUCAAUGUCACAAGAGAUUAGGAGCGAGUGCUAUUGCCAUUCAUUCUCCUAGAGGAGAAGUCACACAUCUUCAUUGCAAGGAUUUAUUCAAUUCACGUCUCGCCAAGUUGAGGGAUUAG